CAAGAAAUUAUUCAUACUGUAACACUUUAUACAACAAAACUGAAUUAUAAAGUCGAGUUUCCUCUUGAUAGUACAAGAAUAGAAGUCCCAUCAAGUGUCACAAAAAUAUGUUAUUUGUAUUUUGGGAAGUACAAAAAUUUGCGUGAAGUAGUAUUGCCGACAACAAUAAAAAAAAUUGAAAGUUCAAUAUUCGAUGAGUGCACCCAACUCACAAAAAUAUCAUUUUCAAAUAGUGUAAACACAUCAUACGACUCAAACGACAAUUCAAAUGUUAAUGAAAUCGAACAAUUCAAAAAGUAUUUCUUUGACACUGUUGUUGUGAGUUACACAUUUUAUCUUCAGAUGAAGGCGUUUGGGUAUAUGUUUCAUAACGUUAAUUACAAAAUAAGCGAUUAUGACAUGUAUGGUACAAAGGCUGAUUACUCCAUAAUCAAAAAUGUUGACAACGAAGAUAAAAACGUAAUUUUAAAAAAUGUGGAUAAUUUGUAUAAGUAUAUUUCCAUGAGUUUCAAUCAUGUCAAUAAGUUUGUGAUACCAUCACAAAUAAACGUUCUCGAACAAUGCAGUUUUGUUGGUGAGUAUCUCAGAGAAAUAGAUUUGUCACUAGUCACAAAGAAGAUUAGCGGUGGAUGUUUUAGUGGUGCUCAAUUUCUACAAAGUGUUACAUUUUCAAAUACUUUAGAAAAAAUUGAUAAUGAGGUAUUCAUAAAUUGUCAUUCAUUGAAAAGUGUGACACUCCCAAUGAGUCUCAAGAAAGUUGGGAAACGAUGUUUUGCAAAUUGUUACUUGCUUGAAAGUGUGUGUUGUGAGUCACAGGAAGUUGUUUAUAACUCGCAGUGUUUUAUGAAUUGUUUUAAUUUAAAAACAAUUCCAAAAAUUCAACAUAUGAAAAAUGGAGUCUUCUGGUGUUGUAAUUCUUUUGUCAAAUUUGAAAAUUUUGGAGAUGUUGAAUGUAUUCCCCAUUGCACGUUUUUGAAUUGCUAUAACUUGAAAGAGAUCGUUUUCCCAGAAACACUUAAAACAAUUGAGAAAUUCGCAUUCAAAAAUUGUUACUCACUUGAGAGUCUUACAUUUCCAAAAAUACUUGAAAAGGUGGAGGACGGUUGUUUCAUGAAUUGCUCAAAUUUACAAAGUGUCAACUUGGGUAACUUAGAAAUCAGAUUUGGAAAUGAUGUGUUUGAAGGAUGCACAUCACUCAGUAAAAUAUAUUUUGAGGGCGAGAAACUUAUAACUUAUAGUGGGGAAGUCAGUUAUUUACUUUACAAACAAUUUGAAAAGAAUAACAUUUUUUGUGACAACGUGAAAGUAAAAUUUAACGAUUUGAAAAUAUUUGGAAUUGAUAUUUUGAAAGAUGAAAUUGUUCAUAAUAUUGAUGAAGGCGCGUUUUUCAACAAUACGACAAUCACUGAAAUUGAAAUACCAGAUAAUAUCACUCAAAUCGGAAACUUUUGUUUUGCAUGUGCAACACGACUUGAGAGAGUUGUAUUGCCGUCAUCAAUAACAGCGUUGACUCCUUUCUGUUUUGACAAUUGUGUGUCAUUGAAGACUAUUAAUUUGGAACAUAUUAAGAAAAUUGAGAUGGGGUGUUUCGACAAUACAAAUUAUGAAAAACUUGAGUUUUCAAUACCAAUGACAAGCCAACUAAAAAAUAACUGA